AGCUUCCUCUCUGCUUCCUGCGCGGCUGCAGGCGCUUCUGACUCGGAGUCAGCGGAGUCGAGUUCUGCCUUUUCUCUCUUUAUUUCGUGCUCAUGUCAAAAUCGUAAAUAAUUCUCGGUACGUCAGGAUAAUUGUACAUCUGUAGAACAGAGCUGAUUCGUCGCUGUAUAUGUUUUAAACGGAUUUUAAAUCGGAGAAAGACCCGGAUGAUCCUGUUUAGCUCAGUUGGUAAACAGAAAUACAGCUUUGUUUUCUCCCCUGAAAAUUCUCCUUAAACGAUUUAUUUUUCGGUUUUUAUUUGCUUUUGGCUGCUGAGUAUGGAUGAGAAGGUGUUUACAAAAGAACUGGAUCAGUGGAUCGAGCAGCUGAAUGAGUGCAAGCAGCUGUCUGAGAACCAGGUUAAAUUUUUAUGCGAGAAAGCGAAAGAGAUUUUAUCAAAGGAGUCCAAUGUUCAGGAGGUGCGUUGUCCGGUCACAGUGUGUGGAGAUGUCCACGGGCAAUUCCACGACCUCAUGGAGCUCUUUAAAAUUGGCGGGAAAUCACCGGACACCAACUAUCUCUUCAUGGGCGACUACGUGGACCGAGGCUACUACUCUGUAGAGACCGUCACACUUCUAGUGUGUUUAAAGGUUCGAUAUAGAGAGCGAAUCACCAUUCUCCGAGGGAACCACGAAAGCAGACAGAUCACACAGGUCUACGGCUUCUACGACGAGUGUCUGAGAAAAUACGGCAAUGCCAACGUUUGGAAAUAUUUCACAGACCUUUUCGACUACCUUCCUCUUACUGCCCUGGUGGACACACAGAUUUUCUGUCUCCAUGGAGGACUGUCUCCAUCCAUCGAUACGCUGGAUCACAUUCGAGCUCUGGAUCGCAUCCAGGAAGUCCCACAUGAGGGCCCCAUGUGCGACCUGUUGUGGUCGGACCCCGAUGACCGCGGUGGCUGGGGGAUUUCCCCCAGAGGAGCCGGCUACACGUUCGGCCAGGACAUCUCAGAAACCUUCAAUCACGCCAACUCCCUGACUCUCGUGUCCAGAGCUCACCAGUUAGUCAUGGAGGGCUACAACUGGUGUCACGAGCGGAACGUCGUCACCAUCUUCAGCGCUCCGAAUUACUGUUACCGCUGCGGCAAUCAGGCGGCCAUCAUGGAGCUCGAUGACACACUCAAGUAUUCAUUUUUGCAGUUCGACCCAGCGCCAAGAAGAGGAGAACCGCAUGUCACCCGCCGGACCCCUGACUACUUCCUGUAACGUCUCUGUGCCUGAUGAAGUGUUCCUCAGCAUUAUCCUGAACUGCCAUCACAAAUCAACUCCUUUCAUUUCUCCAGAUAUUACUGUAUCUCUGAACAACUGAAUUUAUCCAUGGACCAAAAUGUGUGCCAUCAGCAUAAUGUCGGGGGAGGGAUAAAAAGAGAAACACACACAACUUUUAGGCAUUUUACAUCUCCACUGAUUCAAUAAGUCUUUGGGUUCCUUGAUAUGAACAAACAUCAUGCAGGUUAAAUAUCCUAUCAGUAUUGUUUCGAAAUGUGUUUUAUUCUUUAGAUCAUGAUUUAGGAGCUUUUGGCUGGACAUUGUGGUGAAUUUAACAAACAAACAAAGCCAAAAAAAAAAAUUAAAACAUUGCCAUGCGUAGUCUCAUGCCAAUUCAACACAAUCUUUCAUCCGAUUCAUCUUAGACUUUCAGAUGAACGUUAAUAUUUUUGUUUAAUUCCAGGAAAUUGAAAAUGCACUUUUUUUCGUGGUACAAUCAUUCAGUGUUAUUGAACUGUAGAUUAUUUUUUGUUUUAUAACUGCAUUGUUCUCAACUCCACCUUUGUAAAAUUGAGCACUUUUUUUUCGUUAACGGAAACUGCGAGCUGUAUUGCUUGUCACUAUAAAAAUGUACACAAUGUUUUUAACACCUCAGAUCUGAGAUAAAGCUGUUUUUCUGCUUGAUGUCUUCAAGAAA